AUGACUGCUCUGCAUUUGGCCUGUGCGAAUGGCCAUCCAGCAGUGGUCAAUCUACCAGUAGAGAGGAAAUGUCAGCUUAACCUCUGUGACAAUGAGAACAGGACAGCACUGAUAAAGGCUGUCCAGUGCCAUCAAGAAGAAUGUGCAAGUAUUCUCCUGGAACGUGGUGGACCCAAUCUCAUGGACGUCAGCGGUAACACUGCCCUCCUCUACACUGCCCUUGGUUAGAACAGCAUCAUUGCAGCAAAGCUGCCUGCACACAAUGCCAAUAUUGAAGCAAAAAGCAAGGAUGACCUUACACCACUUUUACUUGCUGUCAGUAAAAACAAACAGCAAAUGGAAUCUUUAGUAAGAAAAGAAGCAAACACACAUACGGUUGAUAAGAUGAAAAGAACAGCCCCUUCCUUUAUAGUCAGGCUUCUUGAGCAAGGCUUUGAUGUCUUUUCUCAAGACAUCUAUGGGCGGACUGCAGAAGAAUAUGCCCUUAUCAAGGGUUUUCACACCAAUCACCUACUGAUUUUGGAAUAUAAAGGAGAAAAGGGACCUAAAACUCCUUCUCUAAAUAGCAACCUAGAUCUAAUAACAGAGGAUAUCCAAGACAGAUAUCAAGAAAAAGAAAGCUUUAAGGAGGCUUUCCAACAAACUUGGGGUUGA